UAGUGUUGGGUGUUAGAUGAUAGCUAGGCCGUUUGUACGGUUCCUAUUUCCCCAGUCCGAUUUCUUUUUUCUUUUUUUUUAAUAUUGCGCAAAUUCCAUCUUAUUGAAAAUAAAUAACGAACUACAAUUUUAUGAAAAACAAAGUAUAACAGAGGCGGUAUCAAAUUGCUGCGUGUGCAUGUCCUUACACUGUUUUCACGAAAACAGAACAACAGUAUGAUCUCAGCUGUUGUCUGGGAACACUGAGCUCUCUGAAGAGGAUUAUUCAGUCGUCAAAGUCCGCUGAUGAAAAAGCCAAAAGCUCCAUCCAGGAUCCAGCAUCCUCAUAUUAUCGCAGCACUGUGACUCCACACACACCUGUGUGCCCGCUGCUGCCUGUUGCCUCUUCCGGUUUCGUAGUGUGCUGAUGACUGGAGGACGUCAUUAAAAACAACGACACCCCUGCCCACGAUCAAGCAGGACGGGAGGAAAGUGUUAUUUAUCUACUCCCGAGGAAACUGCCUCAUCGAGGUGCAAGCAGCCGUCAUCAGUCGGAUUAAUAGUGUUCAGUCAAAGCCGCGGUAAAGCUCUGCAGCCUCUUGUCAUGGGCAACAAUGUGUCAGGCAUAUCGACGCUUCAAAGAGGACAGCAGCAGGGGUUUCAAAGACUAAGAAACUCUCGGAAAGACUCCCUUGGUGGCCCGUUCCCCUCCACGUCGCACAGAUGCCAUCACAAACCCAAGAGGUGCCUGCCUAUCCAGUGUGGCAGUGUCAGUGGGCCCCUUCAUAUCAGCCCACUCCUCUUCCAUCCAAAUGCCAAGGGUUCCCAAAUUGUCAUGGACCUGGCCCAGAAGACAGUCAAGAGGCAGGCCAGUUUCUGCAACGCAAUCACCUUCAGCAACAGGCCCAUAGCGCUGUAUGAGCAAGUCCGCCUCAAGAUUACUAAAAAGCAGUGCUGCUGGAGCGGGGCUCUGCGUCUGGGCUUCACCUCCAAAGACCCGUCCAGGAUAAACCCAGACAACCUGCCCAAGUACGCCUGCCCUGACCUUGUGUCCCAGAGUGGCUUCUGGGCCAAGGCCCUGCCUGAGGAAUUUGCCAAUGAAGGCAACGUUAUCGCCUUUUGGGUUGACAAGAAGGGCAGAGUCUUCUACCGCAUAAAUGAGUCCAGCCCCAUGCUGUUCUUCAGCGGAGUCCGCACAGCUGAGCCCCUCUGGGCCCUGAUUGAUGUUUAUGGUCUGACGCGCGGAGUGCAGCUGCUAGGCAGUGAGAUUGUUCCUCCCGACUGCCUGCGCCCACGCUCCUUCACCACAGUGCGCUCCUCCUCCCUGCGGCGCGAAGCGGACGACUCCCGCCUGUCCGUCAGCCUGUGCGACCUCAACCUGCAGCAGGAGGAUGGAGGCAACGCUCACAAUCACUCCCACCGCCACACCCUCCACCUGGCCACAGCCUCCUCCUCCUCCACCUGCCCCAUCCCCCAGAACUCCCUCAACUCCCAGCAGUCCUCUCUCCUGCCGUCCGCCCUCGAGAGUGACCUCCACUUCCACCAGCUGCGAGGCGCCCACAUUAAGACGCUGGAUGAGCAGACGGUGGCACGAUCUGAGCACGCACGCGAAGAGCGCACAUUGGUCUUCACCAACCGGCCCCUGCGCAUCGGAGAGACCGUCUUCAUCAAAGUCACAAAAUCCAGCCCGGCACGCUCAGGCUCCUUGUCCUACGGCGUGACGUCCUGCGACCCAGCAGUGCUGCGCCCCAGCGACUUGCCCUAUAAUCCAGAGGCUCUGGUGGACAGGAAGGAGUUUUGGGCGGUGUGUCGGGUGCCCACGCCUCUCCAGAGCAGUGACAUCCUGGGCUUUUUGGUCAACCAGGAAGGGGAGGUCAUCCUCAGCCACAACGGCACCAACGUGGGCAUGCAGGUGUGUGUGGACAACUCCCGCCCACUCUGGAUGUUCUUUGGUCUUCAUGGGGCUGUGACUCAGCUGAGGAUUCUGGGUUCCACUCAUGUCGGGGACCCGCGGGCCACAUCGAACCCCGGCUCGCCCUCCUCCUCCCCGCACACCCCCAGCGCCCUGGGCAGCGGGAGCUCUGAUCCGGUCCUGAACGGAGGCCUGUGCUCUGCCGCUUACUGCAGCUCAGCAGGGGGUACGACCCCGAACUCACCAGUCAGCCUCCCCAAGUCUCCUACGUUCCCAUCAGGCCGCGGGCCUUGGUCCGAUGAGUGCUCUAUCUGUUACGAGAACAUGGUGGACACGGUCAUCUACGCCUGUGGGCACAUGUGUCUGUGCUACACUUGUGGCGUCAAACUCAAGAAGAUGUCCAACGCCUGCUGUCCCAUUUGUAGAAGACAGAUCAAAGACAUCAUCAAGACCUACCGCAGCACGUAAAGGGACAACGGCAAACGGACGGACGGCCUCCCUUACAACAGCAAAAUCCCAGAGUCAGGGAAAGAAAUGUCAGUGAAUAUGAACUCUGGUACUUUGAUUUGGUAUUUUCAUACAAUUAUUGCUGGUUGGUUACGCUCAUGACCUUUUCCGAAGCCAGUACCACUUUGUUGGGAAGGUCUCUUUCACUUUAGAGUCGUUGUCACAGCCUCCCUGCGGAGGCGGCACUUGAAGUGGCAGGGGGUUCCACUAAAAACUUUAUUCUUGCCAGAAGUGUUUGCUCUCUCCUGGGAACUUGGAACACUUUGAAAGAGAAAGGAAAAACUGAACCAAUUCCAAAAUUCUCUCAUAUGUUGAGCCAUGUUGCAAGAAUUAGGGACGAACGCCCAUUUGCACCGAAGCAAAUGAGUCUUUUUGGGGCUGAAUGUCUCAAUAAUAGCUCUUUCAGAGGAUGACUGAAGCUCUGAAAUAUGUUGUCAACCUGAUGGAUAUUUCUGACUUAACCAGUCAAUAAAAAAGCACAGCAGGUAAUCAGCUCAGUAUGGCACAACUUGUGUCUGUGUGUUACUGGGCAUUGGAAAUGAGAAGUCGGUUUGGCAUUGUAAUGAUGAAGUGAUGGAUUUCUGUAAUCGUCGUAGUGAUUAUCAGUGAGUGAUGUAUUUAGAGAUGCAAAGCGGUGCUGAGUAUAUUAAGUAGGAUUGUAACACCUCUUGUACUCAUAUAAUCUAAUGUUACCUUUAUGGUAGUUCUAUUGCAAACGUCAGUGGUUGCUAUAUUGUUGUGCUAGCUAGCUGCUUGCUCUGCAAUGUGGUAUGUUGCACUGAAAUCAGAAUCGUCCUCUCAGAAACGCCCCGUUACUGACAGAAAGGACAAAGACAUUCAUCUGUUUAAACAAUCUACAGACCUGUGUCCAGCAAUCUAAGCAGUAUAGAAUUCUUGAAAGGAAACAGGAAGUGGGAAAAAAAAACAGUAAUUUGGAUUCUCCUCAGGGCCAAUGUUAAUUUUUUUUUUAAGAUGUGAAUAUUUCCCCAAACUCUACCUAAAACCAUGCCUAAUACACUGUGAGCGCGCAUCCCGAAUUGACAAAUCCUCAAAAAUAGCUCCCAUAACAACACAUGAAGUCAAAGGAUUGUUGCCAUGGUAUCAGAAGCCACCACGCAUACAACACAGCCUCCUGCCUUAACACACAGAAGUUUCAUUUGCUACAUGCAGAUGUAUCACACUCUGUGUUUUCUGCCGUUUUCCCAAACCCCUGACAAAUUACCAAAUAACUAAGUUGUGUGGCACAAACUGCCACAAAACGUUCACUCAGAGGAGAAAAGCACACAAAUUUAAAAGCUAUUUUUGUAAUAUAAAACCAUGACAUUUCCAAUAUUUAACUUAAAAUAUAUAAAAUCCUUGUGACAGGACUUUCACCAGCAGCGGAGAUCCUAUACAGAAAUCAGUUCCAUUGAAGCUCACAUUUUGAGUAUUUGUAUGAUUCCUAUCCCUUAAUUCCAGUAUGAUAUGUCCUGAUACAUCCCCUUCAAAUUUCACCUGUAAAUACUAAAACUCAGCAGUAAGCCAUAGCUUAUUACAAGAUACCACUCAAAGCUGAGAGGCCAUUUUUUUUUUUUUUUUUUUUUUUUUAAAUGACAUCGUACUUCUUUUUUUUUUGAUAAUCUACCAAUGGGGCUCAAACCUUUGCUGCUAUGGUAUUUGCCAGCUGUCCUUUCUGGGGCCAACACUGGCAGUAAUGUUUCACACAUCCCUCCUCCCACAUUACAGUUUGAUUACGCUACUGCUUGAAAGUGUUGAUUCACAUUUUGAAUGUUAACUUAUGUAAUUAGAGAGAUAAAUGAUUUUUAUCAGUGUGUUUGAAUUGAACAAAAAAACAAAAAAACAAGUUUCGUUUGUGUUUUUUUUUUUCAUUUCUUUUUUUUUUCUUUCUUUUAAGUUUGUUUGAGUUGCUAAUCACGGUUUUAAGAUUUGUUUUUUGUUUUUUUUUCUUGUUUAUCCAAAACCAUGAAAUUCUAAAUUUCCUCUUGUUUUCUAAUAGUGAGAAUAUAGGGGGUUUCUUGUACCUUUCAGCAAUAAGAGAUAUUGCAGUGCACAAUCAAAACCUCAUUGCUUUGCGGUGCAAGAUAUAAUCUCUUGGUUUUAUUACAAUCCCUGAAUUUCAGGUGUUCUUUUUUGUAAUUUAUCUUCUUGUGUGUAAGCCCAUGUUAGGAAACCCUACUACCCACUUCUGUAUUUAUAGCUCGUAUGAUUAUAUAGUCUGAAAGCCAUCACUGUAUGGUUAUGAUAAAUGUCACUUUAUAAAGCUGCUGAUUGUAAUCUUGUAAAUGUUUAAGCCAGCGUUGCUCUCUGAGAUUCAACCGUGGCAUGUUUUUAUUUUGUGCAGACACUCUGACCAAAUGGAAAAAAAAUUGAUUAAUUUUUUAAAAAUACAUUGUAUAAAUGUAAUUCCCUUGUGCAAAGCUCUGUAUUUAUUUUGGGGCUCUUUUUUAACAUUUACAUCCAGUAAUUUUUGGACAACAUCAUUUGCUAAACACAAAUCAUAGUUCAUACCAAGCUAAGUACCCAUUUGGCUUUGGAUGGAGGUUUUCAUCUGUAAAUUAUUUUAUGCACAUCUUUUAAUCAAGGCUGCUAUGCCAUUCAUUUUUUGUUAUCUUGCGUUUGCAUCCAGAAAACUCCACAGGCUCCUUGAAUGUCGCUGAUCCUGUAAUGUAUUAUUUAUUUGUCCAUCACAGAUGUGUGGACUUAUUCCUCUAAAUCUGUUUUUCUUGUGUGUUUAUGUGUGUGUGUUUGCUUUCUUCUUCAUUUCAUUGCCACUAAACUGUUGCGACUCCUCUGUGUCUGGCCAAUCGCACAGCAGCAGCACAUUUAGAGGUUCUUUCUGGAGAUCUUAGUACUUUUUGUCAUGCAUGAGCUGUCUGUUCACCCAGCGUGAACAUCGGGACCAACAGUAGACAAGCAUCCGAGUGGAACACUGUUACAGUGUUCAUGUAGACAAGAACCAGUGGAUAGAAAUAUGAUAUAGAGCUCAGUUUGGCCGUUGUUGUGACACAGAAGCUGAUCUACUCUGUAAUCCUUUAUUUUCUUUCUUUUUCAUUUGAAACAACAAGUGAUUGUUUGUGAGCUCUGUUCAGUGUGAGUCGGAUGAUUGUGGUUAAUAAACUUUCCAGAUGUGUUUGAGCAAAA